AUUAACGUCACCAAAGCUUUUGGGGAAUCCGCCUUUGCGCGUCUUCUGGUUUUCUUUUUUUCUCUCAUUUUGUCAUAAUUUUAUCGAAUCUCUCUUCUUCUCCCCCUCUCUCUCCUCUCAUUCUAGGGUUAGGGUUCCGAUUCUGCAGAGAUUUCUCCCAAUUUUUUAUUGGUCAACUCGUGUUCUCGUAAGCCCUCUCUUCUUAAGCCUUUAUUCGCUUCUUCUCUCUUUAUCAAUUUGAAUCAGUCGAAGAACUUUGGGUAGGCUAAGGCAUGUCCUGAUUCUCCCAAAUUUCUGGUGUUUUUUGUCCAAACUCCAUUGAUACAACAUUCUCUUUUGAUAAGUUAAAAAGAAGAAGAAGAAGAAGAAGAAGAAGCAAUGUAUACCUCCGAGGGAGCCCCUGAUUUUGUUGCUGAACAGGGCUUGUAUUACCCCGUUGAUCCCAAUUAUGCCUAUUAUUGUACAGGUUAUGAGUCACCCGGCGAAUGGGAGAACCAUCAGAUGUUUUUUGGUGUAGAUGGUUCACAACUCCAGUACCAGGGUGGGCAGAAUGAGAAUUCUCCCUAUAUAUACUAUACGCCUAGUUAUGGAUUUGCACAGUCUCCUUACAAUCCCUUCAAUCCUUACAUCCCUGGCGCUGAUUCUCCUUUCCUCCCUGCUUCCCAACAAUACUACCCUCUUCCUCCUUACCAGAAUGUCGCAUCGUCUCCUCCUGCCUUUGUUCCCUAUGCAGCUCACCCUGAUAUCGUCUCCAGUAGCUCGGCUAACCCUUCGGUGGAGACUGGUUCAGCAGCUAACAGGGGUCGGUCUGACGGGAGAGGAUCCAGGAACAGAAAUGCUUCAGCAGCUGAUGGGAUGCAGAGGAAUGCCCCUGCAGCUAAUUCUGUCAACAGAUCCUCCGAGAAGCCACGGCCUAACCCUGGAGGACAAAACAGACCACUAGCAACAGACAAGAGAGUUUCUACCGCAUUUCCGACCCUCCAGGGAAAAGCUAUUUCUGGUAGCAGUCAACCCGCUGACGUUGUUUCCAGUAGCAGAGUCUCGUCAUCUGGACAACUAGACAAUGCUCCACCUGAACGUAAUGGUCUUCCAUCCACUGCUGCAACAAACAAUAACAAUCCCCGUCCCAAGCUGUAUGGUAUGCAUGCAAAUAUAAGUUCAGAUUCAGUCAGUCAACAUAACCGAGGUUCGAGAUCAAAAGUUCCAAGAAAUCAACUUAUUGUUAAAGCUUACACAACAAAAGCUGGAAAUGCUGACGCUGAAGGAAAUAUUGUGAUCGAUCCUAAUCAGUAUAAUAAAGAAGAUCUCCGAAUCGAUUACAGCAAUGCCAAGUUUUUUGUGAUUAAAUCUUAUAGUGAAGAUGAUGUUCACAAGAGCAUCAAAUACAGUGUCUGGUCAUCUACUUUGCACGGGAACAAGAAGUUGCAGAGUGCAUAUGAAGACGCUCAGAGAACAGCCGCCGAGAAGUCUUGUGAAUGCCCAAUAUUCUUGUUCUUUUCUGUCAAUGCUAGUGGUUUGUUUUGUGGCAUGGCUGAGAUGACCGGUCCGGUUUCUUUCGACAAAGACAUGGAUUUUUGGCAGCAAGACAAAUGGAGUGGAAGCUUUCCUGUCAAAUGGCACAUUAUUAAAGAUGUUCCCAAUAGCUAUUUCAGGCACAUCAUAUUACAGAACAAUGAGAAUAAGCCGGUCACCAACAGUCGAGACACUCAAGAGAUAAUGCUGAAACAAGGUCUGGAGGUGCUAAAGAUAUUCAAAGGCCAUGCUGAAAGGACUUCGUUACUAGAUGAUUUUGCUUAUUACGAAAACCGCCAGAGAGUCAUGCACGAUGAGAGAAACAGGUUGCCCUACAGAAGCUUCCUUAGCCCUGUACCAGUACCCAGACCAGAUUUCUCUGAAAGAAACAAGAAAAGCUCUAUGGAUGCCUUCAAGAUACCUUCAGUAACCUCUUCUUCAGAAACCAAGGAGGUUCCUUUGAAAUCAGAUGGGAAUGAGGAGACCAACGCGAAGGAAGGUAUUAAAGAAGAUACUACUACUCUCAUUGAGAAGAAGAUCACCUCUCUCACCGUUAGCCCGACUGAUGAUGACUCCAACCCAACCACUGGUUCUCGCCUCAACCAGAGUCCACCAAAGUCUAAACCAGCCCCCUCUGUCUCUGACAAGAAAACAGAUCCUCCUGAAGUGGUUGUUGAUCCUCUUCUUUCUGAAGACAGUGACACUGUUAAAGUUGGAUCAAUGCCCAUCAAAGUUACCGGGUCUCCUCCAAUUGUAACAGUCGGUACUAUUCCUCUGGACCCCAGCUCACUUCAGAAGAAGUAAGCCCUUGGUUUGGUUUAUUAUCUCAUCUGUCUUCUUUAUAUUUGAUCAUCCUCUGCAUUAUACUCCUGCUUCAUCAUAUAUGCCACAUGUGGUAUGAUGAGAGGCUUCUGUUUAUAUAGCUGAGAGUCUUGACUGGUGACUUGAGAAUUCGCAAUUAUGUCAAACGCCGUAAAGAUUAUCGUUGGUUUGCGGUUAGUGGUUGCGUUUUGGUUAUUUUGGAUUUGACCGGAAAAUUAUUGCGUUUUGAGUUCUCUUCUGUUUUUUUUUUUCCAAUUGUGAAAUUCCCAGUUU